AACAAAUUUUAUUUUUCUAAUAUCUAUUGGCGCAUCAUUUCUAUGGUUGUAGCUGCUAGAACAAAAACACUGCAGCCACCAGAGUGCGCAUGCGCAUGCGAAUGAAUUUUUUUUUACUAAUGUAAAAAAAAAAAAGAAAGGUCACGAACUCUGACCCUCCCACAACUGCAGAUUUUUUUAUUAUUAAUUUAUUGAACGAAAUUAAUCUAUAAAUAUAUUUUAAAAACAAGGUUGCACUGAUGUGAAGGGGCAAUAGAGGAAGGUGUGUGUAAAAUCAGGAUGGAUGGACAGACUCAGAGGAUACAGCUUGUGUCUUCAGACAACAGCAUAGCUUUGGGACAUCGAAUCCAGAUUGUAACCGAUCAGCAGACUGGACAGAAGAUCCAGAUCGUCACUGCCAUAGAGCCGCCCUCCCCUGGAAAACAGCAGUUUAUCUUAGCAAAUGCUGACUACUCCUCCAGUGGCAAAGUGAUUCUGGCCAAGCAGGAAGGCUCACCGAACAAGGUCAUUCUUCAUACUCCAGAUGGAUCUGGAGUUAAUCAGCUCUUAUUUGCUGCCCCUGAGCUGGCGGGACAGCAGAUUCAGUUUGUUACUGAAGGCACAGAUCAAUCUCUUGCCAAGCCUGUUGUGGAGUAUUGUGUUGUCUGUGGCGACAAGGCGUCAGGGCGUCAUUAUGGAGCAGUCAGCUGUGAGGGCUGUAAGGGCUUUUUCAAGCGCAGCAUAAGGAAGAACUUGGUGUACACGUGCAGGGGUUCAGGAGAAUGCGCCAUUAACAAGCUGCACCGAAACCGCUGUCAGUACUGUCGACUGCAGCGAUGCAUAGCUCUGGGAAUGAAGCAAGAUUCCGUUCAGUGCGAAAGAAAGCCUGUAGAAGUUGCCACCAGAGAAAAAUCCGUGAACUGUGCAGCUUCAACAGAAAAGAUCUACAUUCGCAAAAACCUGUGUAGCCCUCUGGCUGCUACACCUACCUUUGUGUCUGACAAGGAGACUGCAAGGUCCACAAGUUUACUUGAGUCAAGCAUGUUACUUAACAUCCAACAACCCUUCCCAAAGCUGGAAAACACCAUCUUGAUUCCAGCCUCGUCUGAAAAGGAUGACCCAUCCCAGGGGGAUCUGGGGACGCUGGCAAACGUAGUUACAUCGCUUGCUCACAUCAACAAGACGAGGGAGUCCAACGACAGCGGCAGUGACCUAUUAGGAGCUGAAACUCUGAGCAACGGUGACAGUUCAAUGACAGACAUCCAGGGUGAUGAUCAAAGCGCAAAUGAUAUCACAAGAGCCUUUGACACGUUGGCUAAAGUCCUGCAUCCCUGUGACAGCUCAGCAGGAGAGUCCUUGGAGGCCACGAUGCAGCUGAUGUCAGGAGACCAGUCGGGCCCCGUAGUGGAACUGGAGGGAUCUUUACUCUCUGAAAAUCAUAUCCCUUUCAAGCUCAUGAUGCCUUUGCCUGUACCAGAGUACCUCAAUGUUAACUACAUCUGUGAGUCUGCAUCGCGGCUACUGUUUCUGUCUAUGCACUGGGCACGCUCCAUACCUGCCUUUCAAACCCUUGCUGGUCAAGAUAAUGACAUUAACUUGAUAAAAGCUUGCUGGAAUGAACUUUUUGCCCUGGGUCUGGCACAGUGCUCCAACGUUAUGAAUGUUGGUACCAUCCUCGGUGCCAUUAUCAGCCAUCUGCAGACCAGCUUACAGGAAGAAAAACUGUCCCCAGAAAGAGGCAAACUUGUGAUGGAGCACAUAUGGAGGAUGCAGGAGUUCUGCAACAGCAUGACCAAACUGUCCCCUGAUGCGUACGAAUACGCCUACCUGAAAGCCAUCGUUCUUUUUAGUCCCGAUCACCCAGGCAUAGAUGAUAUACCACAGAUAGAAAUGUUCCAGGAAAAAGCUUACACGGAGCUGCAAGAUUAUAUAACCAGGACCUAUCCUGAAGACUCUUAUCGGUUAUCCAAGCUGUUGCUGCGUCUUCCUGCCCUCAGGCUGAUAAGCGCAGCUGUGACCGAGGAGCUGUUUUUCGCCGGGCUUAUCGGAAACGUUCAGAUCGACAGCAUCAUCCCUUACAUUCUCAAAAUGGAGUCUACGGAUUACAAUAGUCAAACGGUGUCCGGCGUCUGACCAGUCGUGUCAUUUGUGGUAGAAACAUGGAAGGGGCGACGAAAAAAAAAGACCCUCCCUAACUCCCGACAGGCUCAGCAGGUGAUUGAACAGUUCCAUAAACCUGCUAUAGUUGUGUCACAUCAUCUUUAAAACGAUUUUUUUCCUUUAACCUCUUAGUCGAUUUGGUAGAGCACAGCUCACGCUAAAGAUAAACUCCAGUACCAAACCCGACUCCCAGCCUCUGAUCGUCCAGGAAAAACCUUGAAACCUGCAUAGUAGAUUGUACUUUUUAUUGUAUAGUAUUUUAUGCUUCAUUGCCUCCAAGCCUGUCUUUUCUGAAGAUCUGGUUUGUACAGAAAACAAAUCUGCAUGGUUUGUUUGUUUUUUUUUUGCAUUGCUUUUCCUACAUGGUCAUAUUUUUUAAUUAUUAUGUUUGAGUAAUAAUAAGAAAAAAAAACUUUAAUGUGAAUUUUUUGAAAGGUUCUAACCUUAAUUGCAUGGAUGUUUUGCAACCCCUAAGGGACCGGCUGAAUCAAUCAGGUUAAUUUUUGGCCUCUGAAGGAACAACAGAUAUGUAAAUACGACACACCAAGGAAUCUGUAAGCGAAAAGCACUUGGUUAUUUGUGGAUUCCAUCAUUUUAUGAAAUCAUAUGGAUGAAGAAAAGUGAAUGUAAACACAUCAUAACAAGAAAACAGUCAUAGACAAUGAGAAAAAGACAUUUUUCAAUCACAUUUGUGACUUAUUUCACUCAAGCUUCCUAUUCAUUUCGCCAAAUAAAAGUUGAACAAGAUGA